AUGUCAACAGAAGAAGAAACCACAUUCUUCCACACUUUAUCUGACCAAUUAAAUAGACUUACAAAUUCGAUAUCAACUAAUGGGGUGGUAACAAUAAUAGACUCAUUUGAGGGGGACCCCAAAGCAUUUAGGGAAUGGACGAGAUCCAUUGAAAAGUAUGCGGUGUUAGCAUCCAUUCCAAACGAUAGGAUGAAAUUGAUCGCUUAUCAAACGAGUAAAGGGGUGGUGUCUAAUUUUAUUAGGCGCUAUCUCGAUACCCAUCCCGCAGCAGAUUGGCCUACGCUAAAGGAUGAACUCUCGGCACGCUUUGCAGAAGUAACUGAUGCACAACAUGCUUUCGCGUUACUCCGAAAAGUUAAACAAAAUCAUAAUGAAAACGUACAAUUUUUUGGUGAGCGACUUUUGGUAUUAGCAUCGGAAGCAUAUUCAGGAACAUCGUCGUUAGAAAUAGAAAGGCAACUAGUAGGGUUCUUUGUUGACGGAUUGAAAGAAAAUUAUUUAAAAUUGAAAAUUCUACGGGAAAAUCCCAAAACUUUGCAAUUAGCGGUGACCUUAGCUAUGAGUGAGCAAAAUUUGAGAACACGGUUCGCAUUAAGAACGGGAAGCAAUUUCCCGCGCAACGAAGAUAGUUCUAGCCGAGACGAACCCAUGGAGGUUGACCAUUUCAGACCCAGGAAAUGCAGAAUUUGCUAUAGACAUGGACAUGAGGCAAAGGAUUGCCGACGAAAACCUAACAAUAGACAGGUUAACAGUGCGGACACAUUUAGGGCAUCCCGUCCUCCAAUUAAAUGUUGGAGAGACCCAGUGUUACCGUUAGACAAUAUUCUCAAACCUAGACGUAAGUUUUUAGGUGAAGGUGAUUUCCAUCAGAUCGCACUGGAAAAUCAACAUCGUUCAUUCCUACAAGUUUAUAAAAAUGUCAAAAAGGCUAAGAAAAGACAGGCUAAAUAUGCAAAUAAAAAUACUAAGAACAUCGAAUUUGAAGUUGGUGACCCGGUCUAUUAUAAGAAUUUCUUAAGGAAGAAUAAACUUGAAGACCGAUGGACACCUUACUAUAGAAUUGUCGAAAAAACAUCUUCAGUAUCGUAUAGAAUUAAGAGUCAACUCACAGGCAAAACGACCAAAGCUCAUGCAGAGCAAUUACGGUUGGCUAAAAUAGACGAAUGGGACAUUCCAACUGAUGAACAAAGACUUAGACAGGCUAAGUAUGUAGAACCCCUCUCUGACUCGAGUUCUGAGGGCUCUGCUUCGGAGUAUUCCGAAAACGAUGAGUUACCCUUGGCUCAGUUAAUUAAAAAGUACAGACGUGUACGUGCAAACUCCUCCAGUGAGAGCGAUAUACCUCUCAUGGAAUUAGCUCAAAGGAUAAGAGCACAAGAUAACGAUGUUAUCGACGACAGUAAUGUAGAAAGUAAAUCGUCGUCAGAAAGAAUGCGUUGUAUUUGGUUAUUAUUAUUACCUGUUUAUGGUAUCACUGCGGCAACCAAGGUUUCUCAGAAUGUACUCUUUCGACCAGUACAUCAGGUAUCCACAAGUCGGUCCAAAUGGCGCUUGACCCUGGUCCAUGAUAUAACUCCGUUUAUGAAGUUCACCAGUGACCUUGCUACCGACAUAGGACGCACUCUACUCACUGUAGAUGAAAUUAUGACAAAUUAUUCUGCAGGGAACAAUAGCUUAGAAUACGAAAAUACGUUUAGCAAACUAAAAAUAGAGGUAAUAACUCUUCGAGAUGAAACAGAAGAUCUACUGGAUGGUGUGCAAGACUAUAGAGCACUGUCCAUGAAACAUGCUAGGCCAAGAAGAGCACUUAUUCCAUUUGUAGGAAAAGCAUUAAGUUGGUUGUUCGGUACUGUCAGUACCGAUGAUUUAAAUGUCAUUAGAAGUAAUAUCGAUAAGCUAGCUAAUAACCAACAAGCUAUUCAACAUGUAGUUGCUGAAAGUUUGUCUAUAUUAAAUGUAUCACGCUUACAUAUUUCAGAAAAUAGGCAACAAGUUAAUUUAUUAUCAGAUAGUUUACGAAACUUGGAUAUCAAGAUAAAAAACGUAGUUCGGCAAUUUAAAAAGAAACUAGUAAGUUUAGAGGGAUUUCUCCAUCUUUAUUUAAGAAUGAAAUUAGUUCUCGAUGACCUCAAAGACAUGUAUCUUAGAGCACAGAUGUACGCAUCGGAAAUCAAACUUCAACUUAACAUGCUUUCCUUAGGACAUUUGUCCCCAAGUGUAUUGAUUCCCGGAAGUCUCCGCAGACUAUUAAUCGAAAUUCAAAAGUCUAAAGCGACCUUUAAAAUGGUAGCCUCAUAUCGGCUCGAGGCUGAGGUCAUCGCAGUUAAUACUGAUAGAACAAAAUAUGCAAUUCUAGAUUCUGACGAAUUCACUAAAUGUUCAGACCCAUUGGCUGGAUUUUGCCAAAUUACAAGUCCUAUCUACCAUAUUAAUUUGUCACAACUCUGUAUAGUUGCCUUGUUUACGGAAAAUCGAGAGAAGAUACGCCAAUUAUGUAAAGUCUUUAUUAAGCCGAACUGUAUUUUACCGGUGGCAACAUAUUUAGCAAACGGUAUGUGGAUGGUUGUCACGCAACGACCAAUCCGAUUUUCAAUUGUAUGUCAUCAGACUAGUUUCGUACACCAGUCUGUCGUGAUACGGCCACCGAUACAAUCGAUCACCUUACCACAAUCAUGUAAGGCUCAAAAUGAUUUUCUAGAACUACCCGCACACUUUUCGAACGAAAGUUCAUACAUGGAUUCCACGUCCUUCCCAAACGUGACUGCUAUUUUUGAGAAAAGAAUUCAAGACCUUUGGCAACCUUAUAUCACCAAAUUCGAGAAUUACUCACUUACAAAAUUACCACCCAAAUUAGAACAUAUUACUGAUAUCCCAAUGCAGGAACUAACGUACGAAAUUGAAAAUUUACAGAAAUUAGAGCAGGAAGCUACAGAAAAAUGGCCACUUCGGAAAAUCGCUGCUAUUAGCAUAGCAGUAAUAACGGGUAUUUUGAUACUUUUUGUCUUUAUAAAAUAUUGUAUAGCUGGAAGAAUGGGGCGCAUAGGUUUCUGUCGGUUCUUCGGACUCGGACUGCUCAUGGGCGGGGGAACAAAAGGUCUUCCGAUGUGCAGUUGCGUACUAUACCUUCCGCUCCAAACGAUGAACCAACAUCUCGACCUGAUCCUACAGUUCCUCUACUCCCCAACAACAUGUACCCGCCGAUUCCUAGACCGAGGGAUGAUACUCCACCCCCAUCUGAUGAAUCCAGUCUCCCUGUACCUAAAGGAAGAAUGA